AUUAGAGCAAAAGGAAGAGUAUCAAUCCAAUAGCAUCUAUGGAUUCAACUGCCACCCGAUUGAACUCCCGGCAAGGCAGAGUUCAGCGCUUGGGAUUGAAAGGGGUCGAUGGAUGGAUGGAUCGUCACAGACACGAAUCGAGUCGAGUCGAGUCGAACAAUGCGGCGUUUGACAAAACUCUAUGCGAAAAGUCAGACAGCAGCAGCAACAACGAUAACAACAACAACAACGAAUUGAAAUGUAAACGAAACGAGGUGCAAUUACAACGGCAACAAGCGGCAAGGCAACUGCGGAUGCAAAAAGCCAAGUUCCACAACAUUGAAGUCGCAGCCGGCAGCGUCAACGGAUAUGGCAACGAGGCGACUGGGGCUGAAGCUUGUGCAGUUGCAGCAACGAGAGCAUCUGCAUCUGUGGCACAGAUGCCAGCUGCUGGCGGUGGGUAGCCGUGGAAGGUGCCAAGUGAAUAAAAGACACCGCUGCACCAUCGAGUGGCAUCAGUUGCAAGCAGCAAGUCGCCGAGACCCAGAGACCCACCGCCAAGGAUAAACCACCCACAACAUGAUGAAACUGCUUUUGUCGCUACUCUCCAUGUGCGCCCUGGCUGCGGCACGUCCUGGCUACCUGCACGGCCACCAUCAUCACUAUCCGGAAUACCCGCUGUACCCGCACCACCACCACCAUGUGGAGCCCCUGCACGUGGCCAAGAUCGUGCACCUGCCCGCCGCCGUCUCCCACCAGAGCUCCACGGUGGUGCACACCGUGCCGCAUCACAUCAUCAAGCCGGUGGUGCUGCCCACGGUGGUGAAGACUGUCGUCCAUCCACCCAUCAUCAAGGCCUACCACCCGGCUCCCAUCUUCAAGGCCUACCACCCGUACGAUCCCUUCCACCUGCACCAUCAUCAUGACUUCCACGACUUCCAUGACUAUCAUCUGCACUGAUGAUGGCCUGAAUGACUCUGACUGCUGAAUGAUCGCGAAUGAUGAAUGAAAAUCGAAGAGGAUGCUACACAGAUACUGUUGAAUGAUGGCUGCUGUGAUGUGUGUUUUUGUGUCGAUUGCUGAUUGCUGAUUGCGAUGCAAACUGCUGGAUGGAUAUGCUACUCCCUCUCCCCUCCACUCUAUCUCUAAUAGUGUUGAUUAUGUGUAUAUAAAAGAUACAAUAUCUGAA